UAUAUACUAUUCUUUCUUUCCAAAUAAAUUAUUCUUUAUUUUUCUACAAUCAGUACACGAAGCUGUUAUGAAGCGGUUAUUUACGGUUACGGUUAACCGUUCGACCGGUUAUUACGGUUACGGUUAAUCGUUUGACCGGUUAUUACGGUUACGGUUAAUCGUUUGACCGGUUAUUUACGGUUACGGUUAACCGUUUGACCAGUUAUUACGGUUACGGUUAAACGGUUAAUAACCGUAACCGUUGCAUGCCUAAUUGUCAUCGGUUGCUCUAUUCUACUCGAUUUACUAGCCGAGGGGUAUUCCCUAGGUCCCACAGAAUCAUCUCUAAUCCUGUGCAAAGUGAAACAGUACUUUUCAUAUGUUUUUUAUAUAAGUUCACCUUAUUUUAUUAUCUGGGCAUCAUUUGAUCGUUAUUGUUCAAGCUCACCAAGUGCUCGUCUACGUAAAUUUUGUGACUUACACGUUGUUCGUCGUGUUAUACCACUAACAUUUAGUUUCUUCCUAAUUGUGGAGAGUCGUAUUUUAAUCUUUAUGGGUACUGGACCAUUAAAUAAUGUCUGUGGACCACAAAGUGCAUUAUUCUAUCAAAUACUUAGUUGUUUUCUGUUAAUCUUUUUUGCUAUUAUACCUCCGUUAAUGAUGACAAUAUUUGGUUUAUUAACAAUAUGGAAUAUUAAACAAAAUCAUCAACGAGUUAUGCCGAGAUAUUGCCAUCAUCGAGGAGAUGACGAAUAA